AUGAAUGCCGAGUCUCUUGACGGUCGUCUUCUCUUUGCUAUUCCGAAGAAGGGCCGUCUCCACGAGAAAUGUCUGGAGUUGCUAGUAGGUGCGGACAUACAGUUCCGGAGACACCAGAGACUAGAUGUCUGUCUCGUCAAGAACCACCCGAUCGCUCUUGUUUUUCUCCCUGCGUCAGACAUCCCGUCUUUCGUUGGUAAGGGUAACGUUGACCUCGGAAUUACUGGGCAAGACGUCAUUAUCGAAGCAAAGAUGGAAAAGCACAUAACGGAGGUGCUGCAGCUUGGCUUUGGGAAGUGCGCGCUGCAGGUACAGGUCCCAGAAGCGGGGCCGAUUCAGACGUCAGAAGCUCUUGCCGGGAAACGCGUUGUCACGAGCUUCGAAGUGCUUUCGGGACAGUACUUCAGCAAGAUCGACGACAGUCUCCAGUUGACUGGGGAAAACAGGACCAAGAUCGAGUAUGUCGGAGGCAGUGUCGAGGCGGCGUGUGCGCUCGGUCUGGCCGAUGGAAUUGUGGAUCUCGUCGAAUCCGGCGAUACGAUGCGUGCGGCGGGUCUCCAUGCUAUUGCCACGGUCCAGCAGACUGAGGCAGUGCUCAUCAAGUCUAGUAAACCGAAGCACGAAUACUUGGAGCCGCUCAUCAAGCUCAUAACCAGUCGUAUAGCAGGCGUUGUCGCUGCAGGUAAAUAUGUCGUCUGCGAGUACAACAUUCUCCGCUCCAAGCUCCACGCGGCGACUAGCAUCACGCCCGGCCGACGCGCCCCGACCAUCAGUCCGCUGGAAGAUGAAGAAUGGGUCGCUGUCAGCAGCAUGGUAGAGAAGAGCAAGACGGCGGAUGUCAUGGACAAACUAGUGACGAUCGGUGCGGAGGACAUCCUGAUCUUCAACCUUGACAACUGUAGAGUAUGA